GACUUUAUAUUUAAAUACGAAACUAAAUACCUCAAUCGAAUUUUAAGUAACAUUAUGUGCACGACUUAGUCGUGUGUUUGACAAGAUGGCGUGCUUAAUGGAAGUGGACAAACCGUCCACCAGUAAUGGUACCGGUGUGGAAGUUGAGAAUGGUGACGAAUGUGAUGUCAUUGCUCCUGCUGGCACAGCUGGAAGUGUUUCUGUAUCUUUACAUCCGUUAGUUAUCAUGAAUAUUUCUGAACAUUGGACAAGAGUACGCGCGCAAGAAGGCAAACCAAUGCAAGUGCUAGGAGCUCUGAUUGGUCAACAGAAAGAUAGGAAUCUUGAAGUCAUGAAUUCUUUUGAAUUGGCAUAUGAUAAAGUUAAUGAUAUAGUCAUCAAUAUGGAGUAUUACAAGACCAAAGAAGAACAAUUCAAACAAGUAUUUAGUGAUAUGGAUUUCCUUGGUUGGUACACAACAGGAGGUCCUCCAACUCUUAGUGACAUUAAAGUACACAGACAGAUGUGUCGUAUUAAUGAAAGUCCAAUAUUUCUCAAGCUGAAUCCCUUAGCAGGACACACUGAUUUACCUGUUACUUUAUAUGAAUCCCUUAUAAACGGUCAGUCCACUUUACUGUUUGUAUCCCUUGAGUACACUCUUGCCACUGAAGAAGCUGAGAGAAUUGGUGUUGACCAUGUAGCGAGGGUUUCUACUUCAGAUUCAGGAGAAAGUUCAUCAGUAGCAGAACAUCUGAUUGCUCAACACAGUUCUAUUAAAAUGCUAGACAGCCGAGUGAAGCUAUUACUACAGUACAUUAAAGCUGUUCAAGCAGGUGAUUUAAAAAUGAACCAUGAUAUUCUCCGAGAAGCCUAUAGCUUGUGUUAUCGACUGCCAGUCAUCAACACACCAAAAUUUCGAGAAGAUUUUUACACUCAAUGCAAUGAUGUUUGUCUCAUGUCCUACUUAGGAACUAUAACCAAAAGUUGUAAUACUAUUAAUCAGUUUGUGAAUAAAUUCAAUGUGCUAUAUGACCGUCAAGGUAUGGGACGCAGGAUGCGAGGACUCUUCUUUUAAAUAGUUAAUUUACUCAGCAGAAAAUGACACUAUUUCUGUGGUUGUGUGUUGCAGUGAAAGUUAGGAAAAGUUGGCAAUGAGAAUUAUAGAUGCUGCUACCGCACCUAGUUGCAUCUAUUGAUUGCUUCUUCUCUACGUUACGUCACUUCUCUACCAUUCACAGCUUCUACAAUCUUCAUUUCUUUGUGUUGUGAAGGCUCAUGGUGAGAGAGAAACUGUUACUUGUGGACUUGCUUCAAGCACUGGAAGGCUGCUACUUUCCAGUUUACCCAUAAUCUACUCCUUUUGACAGUAAUAAGUUAACUACACAAACUGGUUCACUCACAUAAGUUCUUUCCAACCUUUAGACAUUAAUGCUCAGACAAAACUUACAUACAUACACAUACACUAAAAGCAUUCAGUUCUUUUUUUUUAAUAAAAUAAUAACUUUCUUAUUCUUGUUAUUUUUAAAUUAUUUAUUAUUUAUAUAUAUUUAUAUAAUAACAAACAUUAAUUCAGACAUUCAAUUCCUGCAUGCAGAUGAAGUGAUCAGAAAUACUUAGAAACUGCUUGGUAUUUCAGAUUUCUAGUAAAAUCACCGUUCAGAAUCUUUGGACAUUUUAAUUGAUGGCGAUCCAAAGUAUAUUAGGUUCUUAUUUAUAAAUCUUUCUCAAAUUGAUGUUGAAUAUUUGUGUAUGUUAACUCUAUCAAAUGUGCGAUCUGAAAACACUAAUAACUUAUAUAUGGAGCCAAAGGUUUUACUUUGAUCACACACCUAAGCCUAGCAUUAUUAAAGACCUCUUCCAUUUCCAUUAUAUAUUUAUAUAUAUAUAUAUAUAUAUAUAUAUAUACACACACACACACACACACACACACAUGUAUGCAUUCAUAUACAUACACACAAUUACAAACAUACUUUAAAUGCCAUUUUUAAACCAAGAUUGACUCAUCAAUUCUAGUCUAGAUCUUGAGAUGUAAGGGAUUUUCAGCCAUCCUUGAAUAACUGACAGCAGACAGUGAUAUGAAAUCUAAUAUUGAAUUUCAUCUACAAAUUUGGAUUAAAUUUAUCAAUUCUGUUUUAUUUAAUGUCCAGUAAUUUUUUGCUUUUAAGACUAUUUUUUUACUGCUACAUAUUUAGUUACUUCUGACUUAACAAAUUGUAUCUUUCUAUAAAUUACUUUGCAAGCAUAAAAAAUUAUACUAACA